UUGACGUCUGCGGCGGCUGGUUACCGUUCUCCGUCCUGCACGUGGCAAGUGGAGGGUCUCGAUUCUGGACGGCUUGGAGCGUCCACCAUGAGGAGAAGUGAGGUGCUAGCAGAUGAGUCUAUCACAUGCCUGCAGAAAGCUCUAACUCACCUCCGGGAAAUAUGGGAACUAAUUGGGAUUCCAGAGGAGCAGAGGCUACAAAGAACCGAGGUUGUAAAGAAGCAUAUAAAGGAUCUUCUGGAUAGAAUGAUUGCUGAAGAGGAGAGUCUGCGGGAAAGGCUUCUCAAAAGCAUCUCCAUCUGUCAGAAGGAGCUGAGUACCCUGUGCAGUGAGCUACAAGUGAAGCCAUUUCAGGAAGAAAAAGAUAUAACCAUCUUGCAACUAGAAAAAGACUUGCGCACUCAAGUAGAAUUGAUGAGAAAACAGAAAAAGGAGAGGAAGCAGGAACUGAAGCUACUUCAGGAACAGGAGCAAGAACUCCGUGACAUCCUCUGUAUGCCGCCCUGUGAUGUGGACAGCACCUCUGUCCCCACCUUAGAAGAGCUGAAGCUAUUCCGACAGCGUGUGGCAACUCUGAGGGAGACAAAGGAAUCGAGGCGUGAAGAAUUUGUCAACAUUAAGAAACAAAUCAUAUUGUGUAUGGAAGAAUUAGAACACUCUCCAGAUACAAGCUUUGAAAGAGAUGUAGUGUGUGAAGAUGAAAGUGCAUUUUGUUUAUCACUGGAGAAUAUUGCAACAUUACAGAAGUUGCUAAAGCAGCUGGAAAUGAAAAAAUCACAAAAUGAAGCAGAAUGUGAGGGGCUCCGCACUCAAAUCCGAGAGCUCUGGGAUAGGUUACAAAUACCUGAAGAAGAGAGAGAGCCUGUGGAGGCAAUUAUGACUGGGUCAAAAACCAAAAUCAGGAAUGCGCUGAAAUUAGAAGUGGAUCGGUUAGAAGAACUGAAAAUGCAAAACAUAAAGCAAGUGAUUGAGAAAAUCCGAGUGGAGCUGGCUCAGUUCUGGGACCAGUGUUUUUAUAGCCAGGAGCAGAGGCAGGCUUUCGCCCCUUACUAUUCUGCUGUGUUCCUAGAGUUUGAGAGGAAGGCUUCAGAUCCAGGUCGAUUUACAAACCGAGGGGGAAAUCUUUUAAAAGAAGAAAAGGAACGAGCAAAGCUCCAGAAAACACUCCCUAAGCUGGAAGAGGAGUUGAAAGCACGGAUUGAACAGUGGGAACAGGAGCACUCAACAGCAUUUGUGGUGAAUGGGCAGAAAUUCAUGGAGUAUGUUACAGAACAGUGGGAAUUACAUCGGUUGGAGAAAGAGCGAGCCAAACAGGAGAGGCAAUUGAAGAACAAGAAACAGACAGAGGCAGAGAUGCUGUAUGGCAGUACUCCCCGGACACCUAGCAAAAGACCAGGACAGACUCCCAAGAAGUCUGGCAAAGUACGCAAGAUGAACACUACCACCAUGUCUAGUGCUACACCCAACAGUAGCAUUCGGCCUGUCUUUGGUGGAUCAUUGUACCGGUCACCUAUGUCCCGACUGCCCCCUUCUGGCAGCAAGUCAGUAGUCACUUCUCUGUGUUCUGGAAAGAAAACACCUCGAGCUGCCCAGCUUAGGGCCAACAAGGAGAACUUGGACCUCAAUGGCAGCAUCCUGAGCGGUGGGUACCCUGGCUCGACGCCCCUCCAGCACAACUGCAGCAUUAAGUCUGUUGCCAGCACCUAUUCUGAGUUUUCGAAGGACCCGUCCCUCUCUGACAGCUCCACUGUUGGGCUUCAGCGAGAACUUUCAAAGGCUUCCAGAUCUGAUGCUACAUCUCGAAUCCUCAAUUCAACCAACAUCCAGUCCUGAGAAUCCUUGUCCAGUUAGGCUGCCAGGGCUUCCUGUGCCUAGACUGGACUGACGGAUACGUAUACAAGGAGUAACGUAUACACUUCCAUCAGUUUAGAUGUUUGAAACUACCUUGGGCAGGUUCUGUUAACGGCACCUAACUCAGACAUGAGUAGGACAGAAGGAAGCUGUCCCAGGUGGACUGAGGCCACAAAGACUUGCUUUUGAUUCAAAAGAGACCUUAAAGGCUAGUGUUAUGAUAGUUAAGUACAAGUUUUAACAUCUGGUAGCUAAUUUUUUUUCUCUACCCCAUAAUUCUACUUUGACUGUUCUUCUAGA